GGGCUUUUUUAGAACGAAACGACACAGCUCUACAAUCGAACUUAUUCUGAACGAUUCGUUGUGAAGAGCGGACGUGUGUGUUUUCAGUGUAGCGUUUUUUACAUUUACAAAAUUAUUUGUAAUAGAAUAUACAGAUUAUGAAAACUGUAGAAUCAGAAAAACAAACAAACAAAACAAUGAACUAAUGUAAAAGCAAAACGCGAGUACUUAAAAGGCGUGUUCCCCACGUGGAACUCCAAUUAUUUUCGUUUCUUAAUUUUUAUAAUGUGUGCUUGUGUGUAAAAUAAUAAGCAGCUUUUGGGCGGCGAAGAAAAUUACCGUGAAAUUUUAGCAGUACUUGUUUUUCAAUAAUAAUUUUAAACGUAUGUGUAUGUGUGCGUGUUCGUCUCUCUCGUCCACGUAAUUCGUUGCAUUCGUUAAUUAUACAUGCGAAAAAUUUCAAAUUCCAACACAACAUAAAAAAUACACACAAGAAACACAAGUACUUUUUUUGCUUGCAAAAUUUUUAUGAAAGAAAAUAAGGCAAAAUCAAGAAAGAGUUAAAUUAUCAAUUGAGUUUGCGUACUACGACAAAUUCCAAGUCUAAGAAACGAAGAAGAAACGGGAAGAAGCAGAAGGAACGUAAUAAAAACAAAACGCGCGUCGCUUUGCUUUGUGCCCGCUCUUCGUGGGCGUAUAAAGUAAAAAAGAGCAACAAGAAGAAGAAGAAGCGAAGCUGUGCAUAAAAAGCAAACAAAAUAAACAAACAACUGAAGCGAGAGAAACAGAGAACAAAAGCGCAGGCAGCGAUCGAUUGGACAAUUUUAGCUGAAGAUGGAAAGACGUGGACGCAUUCCCGUGGCCAAGUUUCGCACUCAGGAGGCGAAGACACGAAGUCGGAGUCGUGUCCGUGAACCGGACUAUAAUGAACAGGAUCCGGAGCAUGAUAUGUUCACGCUGCUCGAGGAUAACAUAGCGCUAAAGGAGGAGAACAAGGCGCUCAAGCUCGAGAUUGAUUCUCACAAGACAACGCAGGAGGAGCAACAGUUGCAACACGAGAAACUCUGUGCUCAGCUGGAAGUGUUGCAACAACAACAACUCAAAUUUGAAUCCGAAAUCAAGGAACUGUCCUCCAAGUUCAGCAAAACACUCAACGAACGCAAUGCUCUCGACAAACUGCACAAAAUGAAGGUGGAUCAGAUUCAUAAUCUUACAAGUGAGCUGGAGCACAUGCGUGAGAAGCAGCAGGAUCAGUCUGGAGCAAAUCCUGCCGCCUCUUUAGUUGGUUCCGUGGAGCUGAAACGCAAUCUGCUAAAGAUCCUGCAACAUGGCAGUGCCGAUAGCGGCGAUGUGGCCAUCAACGAUGAUCUGGACAGUUUGAUCGAUGUCGAUAGCAGUCCAGGUGUCAACAUAACCAAUGCUUUGGUGGAGCGACUUGUUGCCGAGUUUCUGGCGCUAAAACAUGCCACAAACGGCGUCGACUUGCAACUUUAUGAGGCCAAUGAGAAGAUAGCCGAGUUAGUAGAGCAUCAACAUUUGCUUGAGGAGGAGAACGAAACGCUGCGCACAGAGAAUGGAAAUCUGACCAAGGUGGCCAAAUUGCUGACGGAGAACAUGAAGGAGAGCGUGGAGACGAGUCAAAAAAUGGAGGCAGCUUUAAUAAAACUAAAGCAGCGCAAUGAUGAGCUCACUGCCAAGACAAGGGAUCUGCCAGAUGGUCAGACAACGAUGCCAGCGAUGCCUUCACCCAACACACUUCAAUCCGAGGCGGAGGAGUUCGAGGUGAUCAAGGAUCAGGUGCAACAACAACAGCGGGAACACAAUGAACGCAUUGUGGAAAUGCAAAAUCUAAUGGAUGCGGCUAUUGCAAAAUCUACUAACGAUGAACUAAAACAAUUACAACUUAAGUUGGAAAUCCUCGAGGAGCAACUGCAGCUGGCAUUAACACGUGCCGAUCUCGCCGAGCAGCAAUUGUCGCGUUAUCAGCAGAAUGAUAAGCAUACAAUGACAACAACAACAACAGCUCCUCCACUUCCCCCUCCACCUCCUCCUCCACCACCACCUAUGCCGCAAAAAAUGCUUUACUCCGCAUCGAGUGGUGCAUUUGUUGCUGGUGUGAGUGGAAGUUUUAGCCAACACAUUGCCGGCCAUAAUUUGCAUAAAGGCGGCGGCGAUAAGAUUAUUGAUAACGUGAUGCAUCAGGUACAAGCGGAGGCAGCAACAGGUCUUGACGCUAUAGUACGAGAAUUCAAAUCGGGACGCGUUACUUUGCGUCGCAAUCGACGCAGGACGAACACAUCGGAGGCGCUCAAGGAGAUGUUCCAGGUACUGGAGAUUAGCCAGAAACAGAAUCGCAAUUCGAAGAUUUGCGUCGAUUUGAAUACAACGCGCUAAAAAAAAGAUUCGAGCCAUGUUUCUCUCUCAAUUCUGCUACUUUGGUCUCAAAUCUACAACAACGAACAUUCCAUGCAUUUUUAUCAAUACUAACUAGUAUAUAUAUUAUUUAUUUAUACACUCGACUCUUCCUCACCUCGCCCUAUAUUCGAACUAUUUAUGCCUUUGUGUGUGCCUUUUCUACCAGAAGAAAGCCAAUUUAUUCUUCUUAAAAAUUACUACUCUUUUUUAAUAAUGUUUAAACAAUGUGUUCAUCUACUAAUUAAUAAAGCAUAUUUUGCAAUAAUAUCCCAACGAAACUGAUUAAAUAAAAAAAUGUAUAACCAAAUUAAACAAAAA